ACAAAAUAGAGCCUGGUGAGGAAAGAACUGUUUAUAGUUGUCAUAUCGUAAGUGAUAACAGGAACUAACUUGCUUUGUGGAUGCUCCACAACAUAUAAAUGUAACUAUAAACGGAUAAAAUGUACAGCGUGUCGUUUUAUCCAUUUAUAGUUGCAUAAUAAAUAUGAAUAUUGUUAGGGUAUGCGUAGCAUUUGAAUGGAAUUUGAUUUGAUGUGAUUUCAGCUGCACUGCAGAACAACAGUAAUAUCUUCUGUCCAAUCAGAAUCGAGUGUUCAACACCACCGUGGUAAAUUUGAAUAUAAAAUAACUGAGUAGAAUAUAUUUAAGAAUUAGGAUCACACAGAAAGGUGUAGGUGUGCUGUACGUAAACUUGUAAAGUGUGCAAGUAUGUGUAAAUUUGAUAUAUGCUAGCAUCUUAUGCUCUCAUGGUUUCAGGAGCUGGAACGACUAAAAGCAGAAGUUGAGAAAGCCAGCGAAUUGCAGUCGGAGAAAGACACAGUCACCCAGAAGCUACAGGAAACGGAGACACGGACGGCAGAACUGGAAGCUCAGCUAGCCGAGCUGGAGCAGCGUGUGGAAAGCAGUCACACCGAACAGGAGACUUUUCGCAAAAACCUACGCUCGCUUCUCGAGCUGCUCGACGGUAAGAUCUUUGAGCUGACCGAGCUGAGAGACAGCCUGGCCAAACUGAUCGACGGAGGAAGCAGCUAG